UAUAAUCUCAAAAUAACUAACAACGGAAAUCAUGUUUCAGUUGUUUGGUCACUAUUCCUUCCUCUUCCUCUUUCUUUUCAUCUGUUUUUUCCCACGUCCUUGUUUUCCCGCCAGAAUCACACCGGCACAAAUAACUGUCAUAACUAACGAUCCUCACAACGCCACGUGGCGUAGUUUCAUUCGUUUUAAAGACGCCGAGAAGGGUAGCCACGUCAACGGCAUGUCGGAACUCAAGAAAUACUUCCAACAUUUCGGCUACCUCUCGAUUCGGGACAACCAAAACGGCAACUUCACUGACGUUUUCGACACUCAAUUCGAGACCGCUGUUAUUUUGUACCAACAAAAGCUAGGGUUAACGGUAACCGGCAAGCUCGAUUCCGACACGAUAUCAACAAUCAUGUCCCCGAGGUGCGGCGUUUUGGACACCGCCCCUAAAAUCCAUGCAACGAAACAUUUUGCAUAUUUUUAUGGAAGGCCGAGAUGGGUGCGUGGAUCGCCUAUGACUUUAACGUACGCCUUUUCGCCUUCGAACAUGAUCAAUUACAUAAGUUUAUCGGAAAUUAGAACAGUAUUUCAAAGCGCGUUUACGAGGUGGGCAUCGGUAAUUCCGGUAAACUUUGCAGAGACAGAAGAUUAUAUAUCGGCUGAUAUAAGAAUCGGGUUUUUCAGUGGCGACCACGGCGACGGGCAACCGUUUGAUGGGGUUUUAGGAGUAUUAGCUCAUUCAUUUUCGCCAGAGAACGGGAGGCUUCACCUUGAUGAAGCUGAAACGUGGGCUAUUGAUUUUAGGAAAGUGAAAUCAAAGGUGGCUAUUGAUUUGGAAUCAGUGGCGACGCACGAGAUUGGUCACAUACUCGGCUUGGCUCAUACUCCGGUCAAGGAAGCCGUGAUGUAUCCGAGCUUGAGCCCUCGGAGUAGAAAAGUGGACCUGAAACUCGACGAUGUGGAAGGCGUUCAGUCGUUGUAUGGGUCAAAUCCUAACUUCAAGUUCGAAUCUUUGUUAGAGUCUGAAAAUUCUUCUAACAAAGGAAUUGGCCUGAAGUGUAGAACAUCCAAGUGGACUUCUUCUUUGGUAGUGGCAAUUUUUUUUCUUCUUUUGAUGAUUACAUGA